AUGACUUUGUUGCACAAAUCUCUGCGCAAUAUAAAGGAAAUAUGUUGCACGAGUGCUGUUACAUCAAUACAAAGUAGCUUCGGGAAACAUUCGCAAACCAGUCUCUACAAACUGUUUAGGUCUGCGGAAAUAACUAGCACUGCUCGCAACGAUCCUCAGUCACGCUCAGCCCUGAACGGGGACUGCGGUCCACUUCCAAGCGAAACAUCUUCGAUGUCCGAUACGCCAAACCACAUCUGCUCAGUGGCGCGGUCAUUCCCAGUCGUCGAAAUGGUUCAGGCUGGUUCACGGAGCUCAAGUCAAGCACUGCUCAGUGGGUGA